GUCAAGAGAGCUUCCGCAUGUACAUCCACGUUGUAUACAAGCGAGUGAUACAAAUUGGAUAUCACAUCACAGAUCUGAAUUAAGCUGAACCUAUGGAUCGGUGACCAACCUCUGUCUGUGUAAUACUUGUGACCUUGUGGAAUAAAGACAGGUGAUGACAAGGUCACAGAAAGUGCUGUAACCAUGACAACCAACCUGAGACUUCAUACCUCCCUUAUAGUUGAAAUUGGUCUGAGGAUUUUCUUAGCAAUUUUCUUUUAUAUUUCCGAUGAUGCUGUCCCUUUCCGGAGGAAGAUCCAGCCGGAGGAGUACUGGUUGUACCAGUUCCCACGGACACCAAGUUACUACCCCAGUAGAUAUUUAUGGCGAACAGUAUUUGGGGCGCCAAUGGUAGUGAUAGGUGUGAUGUAUAUGUGGAAGAAGGACAUCACCGAUCUAAAGCAAGCUUUUCUGGGUGUAGCGUUGUCUGUAUUUCUCACUGGGUCGGUCACCAACUGUAUCAAACUAGGUGUGGGCAGGCCUCGUCCAGACUUCAUGGCUCGCUGCUUUCCUGAGGGUGAUUUCAACGACGAGCUGCGAUGCACAGGAAAUGAGCUGGAUGUAAUACAAGGGUAUAAAAGUUUCCCCAGCGGUCACUCCUCAUUUGCCUUCAGUAGCCUUGGAUUUCUGGCCCUGUACGUAGCGGGGAAGCUGCAGUGUUUCAGUCGUCGUGGACGGGGUCAGACAUGGCGUGUGUGUUGUGUGGUCUGCCUCCUCCUUUGGCCUGUUAUGAUCGCUGUAUCUCGUACUGCUGACUACCACCAUCACUGGCAGGAUGUGAGUGUGGGGUCAGUCCUAGGGAUGGGUAUUGCCUACCUGUGUUACAGACAAUAUUAUCCACCAAUCAACAGACUCAACUCGGACAUCCCCUUCAUAUCACUACCGCAGGAAGUGGACGCGCCGCAAUCCCCUCUCUACUCUAACACACCCAAUGAUGAUAUCUUAAAGAUGGUCUAAUGUUUUUAGUUAGGAUUUUUGUAUUUAGUUAACACUUAAGGGUGUAUGUUACCUUUCUGAUUAUUCAGUUAGCUUGUUGAUGUCAGUGUGACUGAAGGUAUAUCACUUAAGGUCCUUACUAACUAUUCAACAAUAAUUUCAAUGAGACUGAAUGUCGUUAAAACACUUGAGGAUGUAUGUUACCUACCAUACCAAUUAUUUUGUUACCUUGAAACCUGUCAGUGAGACUGAAUGUCGUUAAAACACUUAAGGAUGUAUGUUACCUACCAUACCAAUUAUUUUGUUACCUUGAAACUUGUCAGUGAGACUGAAUGUCGUUAAAACACUUAAGGAUGUAUGUUACCUACCAUACCGAUUAUUUUGUUACCUUGAAACUUGUCAGUGAGACUGAAUGUCGUUAAAACACUUAAGGGUGCAAAUUACCUUGCUGAUUAUUUAGUUACCUGGUAACUUGUUGUCAGUGAGACUGAAUGUUGUUAAAACACUUAAGGGUGUAUGUUACCUUGUCGAUUAUUUCGUAACCUGGUAACUUGUUGUCAGUGAGACUGAAUGUAAAACACUUAAGGGUGCAUGUUACCUUACUAUUAUUGAUGUCUGUGAGACUGAAAGUGGAUAAAACACUUAAGGAUGUAUGUUACCUUAGUUCAAUUGUUGAUGUUGAUUAAGUUAUGUACUUAAGGGUGUAUGUUACCUUAUAAAUUACUGGCGUAUUAAGUUGAUACUAGUAAAACUACUGUUGUUAAAUUGAUGAUUGGGACCAUGUUUAGUCUGUUUAGUUAAUAUAUGAUUACAUUUUGAUCGAUAACAUAAGGAAAACUGAUAUGAAAAUACGUGAAUGGAUAUGGUCAGACAGUUUUCAUUUGCCUCAGUUUCAUGAUCAUAAUCAGUUUAAAAAUCAAGGGAGAUAAUUUAAACACAAAUGACAUAAAAACACAAUAUUAUUUUUGAAGGUCAUUAUUCCUUAUUCAAAAAAUCUAAAGUGAAGCUAAUCUUGUCAUGAAGAAUAUCAGUACAUCAUUGUUACAAGAAUUUCAUUGUUUUCAGCAUAUUUUUUUUAAAGUUAAUAAUGUAUAUGUUGUGUAAGGCACCACACAUCCUUAAAAUAUUGUAGACUCGGUGAAACUUGAGCCAUUGUUUGGCAUAAAUGGUUCAUACAAACUUGAGCCAUUGUCUGGCAUAAAUGGUUCAUCCAUUGAUGAAUACAAUUUUUUGGGGGGAAAUUUAAGUAUCUACAAAGAUUACUAUCAAUUUUUAAUAUUCAUGAAAAUAUCUGGUCCAUCCUCCCUGACUAACCAGCUGUGAUCAGCCAUACUUUCUGUUCAUAACAACUUAUCUAGUAUUCGAGAGUUUGAAGUAAUUCCCAGGAUUUGAGGAUAUCCCCAAAGGCCUCAAUAAUCCUCCAAGGUCUCAAUGGUAUCCCAGAUAUCUCCAGGGUGUCUCCAGGUUACCUCCAAGAUCACAUGGUUACCUUCAAGAUCUCCAGGUUACCUCCAAGAUCUCCAGGUUACCUCCAAGAUAUCCAGGUUACCUCCAAGAUAUCCAGGUUACCUCCAAGAUCUCCAGGUUACCUCCAAGAUCACAUGGUUACCUCCAAGAUCACACGGUUACCUCCAAGAUCUCCAGGUUACCUCCAAGAUCUCCAGGUUACCUUCAAGAUCUCCAGGUUACCUCCAAGAUCUCCAGGUUACCUCCAAGAUCACACGGUUACCUCCAAGAUCUCCAGGUUACCUCCAAGAUCUCCAGGUUACCUCCAAGAUCACAUGGUUACCUCCAAGAUCUCCAGGUUACCUCCAAGAUCACAUGGUUACCUCCAAGAUCACAUGGUUACCUCCAACAUCAUAUGGUUACCUCCAACAUCACAUGGUUACCUCCAACAUCACAUGGUUACCUCCAACAUCACAUGGUUACCUCCAAGAUAUCACCAGGGUGUCUCCAGGGUGUCUCCAGAACACAUUUCCAUUUCUAAAGAAAAGUCAUAAAUGACUCACAGAAUUUAUAAGAUAUAAAAGUGUCAUUGUUGUGUAUAUUUGUCUUAAUUCAGUAUUUUGUUGUUUCUAGUAUGAUGCUGAUCAAAAGAUUUAAACAGUGCUUCUUAUAUUUGUGUUGUGUAGAUGGUUAGUUAAGAAUUUCUGGGCUACGCUAACUAAUGGGAAUGCAUUUAUUUAAUGCUUGCUCCAUAUUGAUGAUUGAACCAGAAAAACCAACUAAUGUAUUUUUCCUGUAAAACCACAGGGUGCCGGAACACCAGCUUUAACUCUGUGUAGGGGUGGGCUUAUUAGAACUACCUGGUACAAAAUAUGUUAGUGGGCUUAUUACCGUACAGAUUAAGCUUAUUGGCAGAUAAAUAUGGUACAUAGAUUAGUACUAAAAUCACUGGAUAAAUGAAAUAAUUUUAGAUAGAAGAUCUUAUGUCCUCCAAAUCACUGCCAAUGUACAGAGACUUGCCACAGGGACUUAGAACAACUUCUGUGAUCCCCACCACUAUAUAUUAUACAGUAUUACUGGGGUAUACAUGGAGUUUGUGACAAGUCCCUGUGAUAAGUUGAUUGUAUUAUGAUUGGGACAAUUGACCAUUCAAGAAAUUCCUGUGAUAAAAACUAUUGUGAGGAGGAAUACAUUUUAUCUAUAUUUUGUUACAUGUUGAGAUAUGUUGACCGGAAGUCAUUGAAAUUUUGUCUUUGUAAAUACUUGUCUCCCUCAUUAUAUCUGAUCUGUCAUUGAUAGGAUAUGUUAUCUGUCACGUCAAAGCUGUGAAAAUUAAUUGUGACAUUUACCGAGAAAAAUUAUAUUGACUCGCAUAACGUCAUAUCUCUUUCCAAUAAGGCUACUCUAGAUGACUUCAAAAUGUGUGCUUGUAAUUAAAAUCUUAAUUUCCCCACUGUUUGGCAAGAAAUUGAGCAGGUGACCCCAUACCUUUUCAUGUGUGAUUAGGGAAUCAAACCCUGGUCGCCUGGGUGAAAUGCAAGUUGUAUAACCAUUGUGCAUCUACCCGACCACCAAUAGCAAAUAUCCUUAAGUUGAAAUUUUGGUUUCCAUUUUUGUGAAGUUUUUCGUAUUGUUUUGGGGAAACCGGCCACUCAGGACCAUAUAUAUAAAUUAAUAUAGGACCAAUAUGUAUUAUAACUUUUAUACAUUGCGACCAUGACGUGAAGAUUAUUUUAAAAUUAAAUACUUUUACAUAUACAUAUGUCCAGCUGAUUGAAUUAUCAUUUCAUUUGUCGUAUUGAGUAGUGUGAACACUUGCCUUGAUAUUUUCAGUGUUGUCAAGUUAAUUUCUCAGUUAAAUUGAUUUGAAUCUUACUUAAUUGUUGUCUCAAACAUUUUUGAGAGCCAAUUGUAUUAAUCUUAAUGAGUCAUUUACUUGAGUAUGAUAGAUAUCAUCGUUGGAUACCCAUCGUUGAUUUCACUACACUACACUCCUCAGCGGGAUAAAUACCCACUCACCACGAUUAAUUAUACCAUGCUACAUUCAUCAACGAUGGUCAAUUACACCCGGAGAUAAACUAGUAGUAGCGUAGAGCAAUUAAAUGACCAGGAGUAUCCGACGACUGAUAGAUACCGGUAUGUACAUUUCACUGGCUAAAUGUCUGAUCAAUGUACAGUUUUUACACAGUGUUGAUUUAUACAUGUAUGUCUCUGAGAGAGAAGUACGAUUCAGAUUGUAUUAUUCAGUGUAGUGUUAAACAACAGUAAACUAAUUAUUUCACAACAAGCUAUAUAAAAAUACAUAUCAAUCACACGUGUAGGGCUAGAGGGAAGGUCUAACUGUUGGAGGAGAUCAGAUCAAGUAUUAGAGAAACCGACAUGGUCGGGAAGGUGACCUCCACACCUUUUCACAUAUGAUCAGGGAGUCGAGCCCCGGACACCUGAAGGUUUUAUGAUUAUCACUGUGGUACUAGCUAGACCACCCUGAUAAUGGUUAUUUAUGUCGGCGGUAAAGUGUGUAAUAUUGAUAUUAUCAAAUUUGAGUCACAAUGUCAACUGUAUUAUAUAUAUAUACACACCGCCUGAAGAAGCCUGAGAGGGCAGAAAGGCCUAGCGGCAAAGUCUUGUUUUUUGUUAUUUUUUAUACAUUCACCUUUGCAAGGAUAGUUUUCUUUUUCUUAUAUAUAUAGGUAUACUUUCACUGCCGAUUGUUAAUUUUAAUUUCAUGAAUAUAUUUCUGUAUGAAUUUGUGUAUUAAUGUGACUUCUUUGGGUCUGUUUAUUUACAACAUACAUCUAUAUAAAACAACAUAAGUAUUGUUUCUUUAAAAUCAUAUUCAUUGGCAAUUAUAAAAAUCAUGCAUUCACAUUUGAUACUUCUCUUAAAAGUAUGCAAUCAUAAUAAAAUUUAUGUCUAUGUAUUUAAAACACAGUCAUUCAUUGAUUGUGAUAUUAUAUAAAAAAUUGAUAUUAUAUAAAGUUAAUAUUAUAUAAUGUUAAUAUUAUAUAAAGUUAAUACUAUAUAAUGUUAAUAUUAUAUAAAGUUAAUAUUACAUAAAGUUAAGUAAGUUGAUAUAUAAUGCCUGUUUCACUGGUAAAACAUAUAGUUAUAAUCAUAUCAAACCAUAUUGAUCUUGUAACCACACCAAUUAAGAUUCUAUGUCAACUUGACAAAUCAAACUCGUAACAGGUAUAAACGUGACCAAUAUAGAAGUACAAUGUGACCAAUGAAUAUUCAUGUAUUAUAAUUUUUAACCAGCUAAGAAUAUUAGCAUUUAAAAAGUUGAAAAAUUUGAAUUUGACCUUUUGAAGUUAAUGUUACAGUUUGGCUAUAAUGUUACAGUUUGGCUAAUGGACCUAACAUGUAUUAUAGAAAUGUAUAGCCUCUGUCAAUAUCAACACAGUAUUUUCUAAAUUGUACUGUAUUAUGAUAUGUGUGUUCAGUGAAACCAGUCUCGAGUUAACCGACAUGCUCCAAUGUCAUAUAUAUGAGUUAAUCUGACCAAUGUUUGGUGUUCUGACCAAUGUUUGGUGUUCCAUAGAUUAGACAAUUUUCAUGUCAUAUACUUUUGUAUAAUUAAACUCUAGGUAUAAGGGACCAUAUGCUAUUUAUAUCCUUGCACUGCUCCGUGAUUUCCUAGUUCCUGGUAAGGGACCCAGUUAUAUCACUUAGCGCCAUCACCAGACUGGAUAAAUGAUUCCACUGUCCUCUACAUAGCCAAUAGUACAAAAAGAAAAUAUCAUAUUUUUAUUGGUAAGAAAAUAUGAUAUUCUUAUUAGUAAGAAAAUAUCAUAUUUUUAUUAGUAAGAAAAUAUGAUAUUCUUAUUAGUAAGAAAAUAUCAUAUUUUUAUUAGUAAGAAAAUAUCAUAUUUUUAUUAGUAAAACAAAAGAUAUCAUAUUUUUCUAAGUACAUUGUACGUGUAAAACAAAAAAUAUGAUAUUUUUAUUAGUAAGAAAAUAUAAUUUUAUUAGUAAGAAAAUAUCAUAUUCUUAUUAGUAAGAAAAUAUCAUAUUUUUAUUAGUAAAACAAAAAAUAUCAUAUUUUUCUUAGUACAUUGUACAUGUAAAACAAAAAAUAUGAUAUUUUUAUUAGUAAGAAAAUAUGAUAUUUUUAUUAGUAAGAAAAUAUCAUAAUUGUAUUAGUAAGAAAAUAUGAUAUUUUUAUCAAAACAUGUAAUUUGUUUGAGCAGUGAACAUGUAGGCACAAAUGUAAUAAAUUUUGGAUGCAUGUACUCCCACAUUCUGUAUUUACUUGUUUAUAGAUAUAACUCCCCAGAGAUAUACUAGAGGAUGUGAUGAGCGUGUGGGAUCUGUGCCAAGUCAAGGUGAUUUACCAGAGACACAAAACUCGGGAAUAUUUUGUCAGAAGUUAUAAGCACCAUCAGUAAGGUUUAUUUUAGACAUGGAAAUAGAGAUAGCUGGUUUCUUCUCGCAGUAGAUUAUUAAAGUAUUCUUUGUGUAUUUAGUAAAUGGUCAAACCAUUUUAGGUUGUGAUUGAGUGUAUGUCCUGGGUGAUUAGCACAUGAUACAGGUUAUGUAUCGAUAUAUAUGUAUUAAAACAAUAUAUAUUAUAGAGUUAUUUUUUCUAGGUUUGCACAAUCUGUCUUUUAUUUAUUUUUCUUACACCGAGUUGUUUUACAACCUUUUUUCUGUACAUUGAAAUAAAUAUGCUGCUUGCCUUAAUUCGUUUAA